AUGGCGACUGCGGCCUUCCCCUCGCUCUCCUCCAUUGUCGCUUCCGCGGCCUCCGCCCUUUGGUCCGCCAACCUCACAUUGCCGUACCCAACGAACGCGUCGUGGCAGAACUUCGUGCUGGGGCAAGUCGGCAACCCCGAGCUCGUCACGCCGUACAUCGUGCAGAGCGCGGAGGGGCGCGUCGCGUGGGGGCUGCCGCUCUCCACCUACGACGACCUCUCCGCCACCCUCUCCUUCCGCCAACCCUCCUCCGCGCCCUCCGAUCCCCCCGCACUCGAGGUCCCCCUAGUGCGCGGGUCGCCCUUCCUGACGUUCAUAUUCCCCCCGGGCGGCCCACCUGCGACGCCCAUGCUGACGACGAUCCACGCCAUCACCGGCGUUGAGGCCAGCAGCGACAGCACCAAGUACCGCGUCGUGCUCAACAACGGCCAGGAUGGGUCAGCGCUGGUGGCGGAUGCACCAUUCAUGGGGACGAUGCGCGUGGCGCUGCUGACGGGCUCCUCCUCUGCGCUGCAGGACGAGGAGGCGCCGCUGGACGCACACGUGCCCACGGUGCCGCUGGGGGGGAGUGCGCAGGUGGGAGAGUUUCUCAUCGAUGCAUCGGCGAAUGGAAGUGAGCGCACACAGCCCCUCCACUGCCUCCGCCCUCCGCCGUCGCCGCAACGGCUCCCCUUCCUACGCCAUGAGCGCCCUCCGCGGCCACCACAACCCCGCCUCUGCUGGCCCCUCCAACAUACGGGGCAGUGCACGGUGGUCGUCCGUGCAAAUGCGUUCGUGCCCGAUGCAUCAGUGCUGGCGUACCCCACCAUCGACGGCCAGGCGGUGGGCAUGCAGGGGGGGGUGUGGCGCCUCAACGUGCCCAAGCGACCCUCCACGUGGGACGCAGGGCCCCUCUCGUCCGACGCACAGCUGCUGGACGAGCUGAGGGGCAGCCUCAAGCAGGACGUGGCCGCUCUGCCGCCCCUCUCCUCCCCUUCCACCUACUCCUUCAGCAAGGCAGCGGCACGCGUCGCCCGCCUGGCGCUGAUCGCAAAGCAGGUGCAAGACGAUGACAGCCUGGCCGCCGUGCUGCCGCCCCUGCGAACCGCACUCUCCACGUGGCUGGAUGGCACCUUCCCCGGUAACCGCCUGCUGUACGAUCCCACGUGGGGCGGUGUGGUGAGCGAGGCGGGGUCGCUUGACUAG